AUGUCUUUGCUAUUACGAUGUCGACACUGUCUUGUUUCUUCAAUCGUACGAGCUGCUGUUGGAAGAAAUAAGGCAUGCAACCUUGAAAAUAUUAUCGUCCGGGGUUUCGUUUCUGAACAUGUUCACACGAAAACAAAUGUGGAUUAUAAUUAUGCUUCUCAGAAAAAUGAAAAUUAUGACGUUUUGUAUGAAGGCCAUAUUAAACUGACUCCUUUUCAGAGAAUUCUUCUCACCGCUGGAUCAGCAGCAAUGUGUUUGUACAAUCCUGUCAGAGAUGAUAUGAUCAGUACAUUUGGAGAAACAACAGGACAUGCUGCUCUGAAAAAGGUGCGAGAAAGAAUGUUGCAAGAUCCUGAGGGACAACUAAUUCUCAAGGAGAAGCCGAUUGUUAGUUCAGAAACAAUCAAUCUCAAAUACCUAGACAGUCUUCCUGAUGGCACACUCGGUAAAGAAUACUGGCGAUUCCUCAGCUACAAUGGUUUUGAUCCAGAUGGUAGGCGCCCUGUCCAUUUUGUUGAUGACCCUGACCUUGUGUACAUAAUGCUGCGAUAUCGACAAAUUCAUGACCUACUUCAUUCACUAAUGGGCAUGCCUCCUCACAUGUUGGGGGAAGUGGUAAUCAAAUGGGUUGAAGCUCUUCAGACAGGAUUACCAAUGUGUUACACAGCAGCCAUCUUUGGGCCAUUUCGCUUUGGACCCAAGCACUCAAAACUUUACUGGAACACAUAUAUGCCUUGGGCUAUACGUUGUGGAAAACAAGCUAAAUUCUUGAUGUCUGUGUACUUCGAAAAACAUUGGGAAAGAAAUGUCUCUGAUUUACGCAAAGAACUGAACAUUGAGGAACCUCCAAAAUCUCUCUUCAUGAAAGACAAAAGAAAAGAGAAAGACGAUUCUAUCACAGAGUGA